AUGUCAGACGUUCCCGAGGAUGCUAACGCUGGUUGCCCUGGAACUGGAAGCGCUGGAGCAGGAAAAGCUUCCGGAUGUGCUGGAUGUCCCAAUCAGGGAGCGUGUGCCACCGGUCAAGGGCCCCCACCAGAUGCAGAUGUACCGAAGAUUCAGGACAGAUUCAGUAGAAUCAAGCAUAAAAUUCUGAUUCUGAGUGGAAAAGGAGGCGUUGGAAAGAGUACGCUCACGUCCAACCUGGCUCGUGCUCUCGCUUCAGAUCCGUCGAAACAAGUUGCAAUUCUCGAUGUCGACAUUUGCGGACCGUCUCAACCGAGAAUGAUGGGCGUUGAAGACGAAGAAGUUCACAACAGUGCCGACGGAUGGACUCCAGUUGGAAUUCAACCCAAUUUGACUCUGAUGAGCAUCGCAUUCCUUCUCGGUGACAAAAAUGAUGCAGUUAUUUGGCGUGGAGCUCGCAAAAACGGAAUGAUCAAGCAGUUUUUGAAGGAUGUCGAUUGGGGAGAAGUUGAUUACUUAUUGAUUGACACACCGCCAGGAACGUCUGAUGAACACAUCUCACUGGUUCAAUUCCUUCUUCAAGCCGGCACAUUGGAUGGCGCUCUGAUCGUUAGUACUCCACAAGAAGUUUCACUUCUUGAUGUCAGAAAAGAGGUGAGCUUCUGCAUCAAAACCAAAGUUCCAAUUCUUGGCGUCGUCGAGAAUAUGGCUCGUUUCGUCUGUCCCAACUGUGCGCACACCACUCUCCUAUUCCCAACAUCCACUGGUGGAGCUGAGAAGAUGUGUCAAGAUUCGAAUCUUGAACUAUUGGCUCAACUCCCACUGGAGCCGGCUCUCGCGAAAGCUUUGGAUAAUGGAGAAGACUUCUUCGAGACGAAUCCGGAUUCGACUCUCGCGAAAUCCUUCAUGGAUCUCGCCGAGAAAGUUAAGGCGAAGUUGAAAUAG